AUGAAUCAAAUGAAUAUGCACGUUCCCAUGAAUCAAGUUGGUGCUCAACCCAAUGUAGGCAUGCAAAUGCCUGUCUCGGGUCCUAUAAUGCAACAACCUUCGCCUCAGCAAAUGCAACCUGCUAUGCCACAACAGCCUCAACAGGAUAAAAUGGAUAAUAUAUCUAAAGUUAAAACAUUGAUGGGUUCUCUGCGUGAAUCUCUUCCUAUGACAUUAAAAUCAGCUGCACAAAUUUUGCAUCAGAAUCACAAUAUUGAUUCAAAUUCUCAAAAAGGCAUUGAUAAUCCUGUACCAAGGUUUGAUAAAAAUUUAGAAGAAUUCUUCUCACUUUGUGAUCAGAUGGAGUUGCAUUUGCGUACUGCGAUAACAUGCAUUCAACAAGCACAGUCGGCGGCACAUUACCUUCCUCUCACUGUCAAUACUUCGAGACUCGAUUCCGGACCUUCCACACAAGAGACUCAGCUGACGUACCCGCAGUAUUUAAACACAGUUCGACUUCAAAUCUCGUACGCAAAAGAUAUCCACGACACGCUGGUGGCUGCCGCACAAAAUAUAUCACCCACUGAAUGA